UGACAGGUGUCUUAUAGAACGAAAUACAUGGGUGUUUUUGAGAAAGGUACACAUAGUUGGUUACUUUUGAAUGAUAAUUAAGGACAAAACCAAAUUAAUUAUGCAUUCCAAAUCAUCGUUUUUGUAUACUAACUAAACAACACGACUAAUGUAUGAUACUUCCUCUUUUUUAAAUAAAUACCUUGUUGUAAUCUCGUCAACAACAGAUACAAAGUGUCAUUGUGUAGCACUGACGUGGUUUUGGUCAGCUGUAGUUAGCAAAUUGUGUAUCUUAUAAAUUAUAUUAGCAUUAGCAUUAUAACUUGAAACAAGGAAUAGCCAUGUCGACUUGGGUUAAAGAAAACUGCGUUUCCUUCUUCCAACUGUUUUGCAUUAAAGUGGUGAAGACUGGUCGCAUUCCGCAGCAUCUAGCAUUUAUAAUGGAUGGAAAUCGUCGGUAUGCCAAGAAAAACAGUGUUGAUAGCGCUGCAGGACAUGUUAAAGGCUUUGACAAGUUGUCUGAAACUUUGAAGUGGUGUCUAGACCUAGGAGUUCCAGAAGUGACAGUAUAUGCAUUUAGUAUAGAAAACUUCAAGAGAAGUAAAGAAGAAGUUGAUGCCUUGAUGAACUUGGCCAGAGACAAGUUUCAAAGAUUAUUGGAUGAAAUUGAUCAAAUUAAUGAAUGGGGCGUAAGAAUCCAUGUGGCUGGCCGGCUAUCCCUGUUGCCAGAAGAUUUAAGAGCACUAGUAUCAAAAGCGAUGCUUGCUACCAGACACAAUUAUAAGCUAAGACUUAACAUUGCUUAUGCAUAUACAGGAAGAGAUGAAAUCAGCCGAGCAGCCUCACACUUAGUAGAUGGUGUGAAAAACAAUGAAAUAUCACCAGAAGACAUUGAUGUAGAUCUUGUCUCCAGAACAUUAGAACUUGGGGAAGCCGAACUCCUUGUCAGAACUUCAGGGGAAGUCAGAUUGUCAGACUUUAUGUUGUGGCAGGUUGCAAACACGAACACAGUGAUAUACUUCACUGAUGUAUUAUGGCCAGAAUUUAGUAUUUGGAACCUUUUGUCUGCCAUUAUACAUUUCCAAAGACAUGCCCCGGCUCCAAAAGCUUUGCCAAGUAUCAGUGAUACGAAGAGAGAAUUUCUGGAUAAACUAGAAAGUCAAAGAUGGCAACAAAUGGAGAAAAUUGUUAGCUGUUCAUAGAAUUAAUUGUUUAUUUUUAUUGUUGGAUAUAACUUCCAUCGGGAGUGUAAAAAUUAGAAAUGUUGGUAGUUUCUAAAAUAUUUAUUGUUUCCAUUAUCUUCAUCAUUGUACAGACACACUUCAGUAAUAAAAAAGAUUAACAAA